AUGGAAACAGACCCUAUCCGGGCUUUGGGGCCGCUCCCACAAUCUAUCGACGCAUCUGACACGAUUUCAAAGAGGAUUGCUCAAGUCUCAGAUUUGGUCGAUGUUAUUCACAGGGGUGGAAGGGUUUACAAGCCUCGAACUGUUGUACAAAGAUUGCCAAGACAUAUGAGGAGACGAGCGAUGUCUCAUAACGUCAAAAGAUUACCCAGAAAACGGAGAGACUACGGUAAGAGUGCCAUAGCCAAAAGUAAUCACAGAAAGAAGCCUCCGAGUAGAAUGAAACGCAGAAGGCCCAGGAAUUUGCAAAAGGUGAGCGUUGGUGGAUCUUGCAAGUGUCGAGAUGUUCUGUAACAGGCCUGUUUUCACAAUUUUUAAAGAAAUACGAUUAGAUCUUAAACUGUUUAAUACGUUUUUAGGAAUACAAGAAACGAGCAUCAGAGAUACGAUGGCUCUUAACUCACAUAUUUCAUGCUAAAAGAUUCGAAAUGAUUUCAUUGUGGAAUUACAAAAUUCCUUUACGAAGUUACCAAAGAGGUGUCAAGCCAUUUUUAAGAGACGCCAAGUGGCAUACUGUGGUUUUUGACGACUCUUACUACCGUACCCUUAAAAUAUUGUUCAGGAUUGGAGAAGAUGUCGUUGCUUUUCAGUCUACGUUGCGGGAGUUAAGAGAAGCUGAUUAUAGCACUGUCAAAGGCCCAGAAUUGCAUGUUAGCGGGUACUCUGUUGUAUACUGUAAUUCUACAGAAGUUGUCUUGUCUGUGCAUCCUAUGUUUUGUAAAGACAUAGUUGACUUAAUGGCUCUGUUCGGUUUGGCGGUGGAGAGAGUUGGAGAUGAUGAGAUCGAUGAAAAGUCGAAAAUUUGUUAUUUUGCUACAGAAAAGCCUCUCGAAAUGUAUUGCAAUAAGAAUGUUAUGGUAAGCAUUUUUAAAAAUUUUUAGUAUAAUAUUUUGUGUAAGUAUUAAGAUGUGUAGAAAUAAAAUAGUCCUGUACUUUAUGAUUUCAGGUAUUUGACGUAAGUAAUAUGUAUGCCAAGUUUUCAUUCUAUGGUCAAAAUACUGUGCCGUGUCUCAACAACUUGGUUACUGUAGUAGCAGAUGACGAUUUGAGUGAGAGAUACAUUGACUACAAAGAGUGUCACAAAGGCUGGAGGAGUUUUGUGGAGGCAAAUGGUGUGAAUGCUGUGGCAGACUCUACAUGUUACUCUGUCUUGAUUGAGGAUCCUCGACUGAAGAUGGCAACAAGAUUGGUGAGAGAAAGUUGUGUUGAUGCAAAAGGUAGGUUCGGUAUUGUAUUUACAUUGGCUUUGUUAUUUAGCGUACAAGGAAUUCACCGAUAAACGUGUGGAGAAGGUGAAGUACGUAAACACUUUGUUCGACAGGGUUGAAAUUGAAGACCUAAUCUCGAAACAUCAAACUACAGCUGCUAUCAAUCAGUUGCGGUCUUCUCAAUUGGCUCAGUUGACGACUUUGGAUUACAAGGUUGGUUUUUUUGUUUUUUAUUUACAUUUUUUAUAUUAAUAAUAAAUGCAGUAACGACAAUAUUAAGUAUAAUAGUAACACAAUAAUAAAGUAAGUAUAAUAUGUUUAGGUACCUGUGACGUUUAACGUGAGAAAUACUGGUACUGUUGUGAAGGUCGAAAUGUUUUUACCAGCAUUGUCAGCCAGUUCUAUGAUGUCAUCGUUGUAUAGAAGUGGAGUUAGAGUGGGAUCUCUGUCUGAUAGAUUCGUCAUGUCAGUUGAGUUCGGUGAUCAACAUUAUCCUUACUUCUUUUUACCAUUAACUACUGACAAAGCUUCUUUCCGGGUAAGUUUUGCAUGUGCUAUAGCUUAUUUUCUCUGGUUUAAAAUCUACAAUAUAUACGAAUAAUCUGACUGAUAUAUUUUUAGUGGAAGAGGUAUCAGAAGAUGACAGAUGUAAAGAACGAAGCUUUUGGAAAAUGGAAUGAGAUCAAGUCUUUUGACUACAUUUUGAGCAGCGCCAGUACGCUGGGCAAGUUUCAAAGUAUGGUUAGGGAGAAUGUCAGAGCUAAUUGUAAGUUGUCGGUGAUCUGACCAAUAACCUGUUUGUAAUAUUAACUGUGUUAUAUGUAUAUUCUUCUAGUACGAAAUCUACCGGCCAAUGUGCUAGUGCCUGUAUCGAUUACAGUACAAGGAAAGGGUCAUGUGACUGACGACGAUUUGAUUUUUCCAAUUGAAAGGUAUACGGUAGAUGAGUCAUCAGUACAAAUGGGUGUUGUACGUCCAACAAUUCAACCAGAUCUUUUGAUGGAUUUCAAACCAAACUCUAUAGUAGAUAUACACGACCUUUUUGCAGCACCAAGAGUGAAAAAGCCGAGGAAAGCAAUUGUAAGGUCUAAAGUGUUAGAUCCAAUAGGAAAGGUGGUGUAUGCUCGACAUUCUUUAGUUCAUGGUAUUACCGAGGCCUUUGGGUAUGUCGAGUUGACUAACGUUGUUGAUAUUUGUAAAAAUAACGGAAAUGUGGCGUUGAAGAACGUUGCAAGUCCAAACUUUGUUAAGGCCAAAGUCUCGUUUCGAGGUUAA